AUCACAACCAUGCCUCCUGUCAAAGCAGCCUUGACGAGGCCGAGGCGUGAGGUGCGAGGGCAAGGCCCGGUGGCAAGUGCCUUGCAGCGUCAUCAGCGCUUGCAAGGGCUGCUAGAAGAGCAGAGUGCCAAAGCGCGGACAGAUGUGAGCUCCCAGCUCUUCGCCGCGGAGGCGCGGGCGGCGCAACUGGCCCAGGAACUGGCGGCCAAGAUGCGGCCACUGCAGCCCGAAGGCCGGAAAGACGACCGGCAGCUGGAGGGCAGUAGGCUGUCUGAGGCGGAGCAGCGCCUGAGUCAGCUGGAGGAGCAAUUGCUGGGAGCAGAAGCUGAUGAAGGCACCAAGCAGACAGAGGCAGAGCAGCGCGUGGGUCAGCUGGAAGAGCAAGUGCAAAGUGCAGAGCGCACAGCAGCUGAGGAAGGCAGCAGACUCACCGACGCGGAGCAGCGCCUAAGUCAGCUGGAAGAGCAACUGCGAAGUGCGGAGCGCAGCCAAGCAGCUGAGGAAGGCAGCAAACUCACCGAGGCGGAGCUGCGCCUGAGUCAGCUGGAAGAGCAACUGCGAAGUGCGGAGCGCAGCCAAGCAGUCGAGGAAGGCAGCAAACUCACCGAGGCGGAGCAGCGCCUAAGUCAGCUGGAAAAGCAACUGCGAAGUGCGGAGCGCAGCCAAGCAGUUGAGGAAGGCAGCAAACUCACCGAGGCGGAGCAGCGCCUAAGUCAGCUGGAAGAGCAACUGCGAAGUGCGGAGCGCAGCCAAGCAGUUGAGGAAGGCAGCAAACUCACCGAGGCGGAGCGGCGCCUGAGUCAGCUGGAAGAGCAACUGCGAAGUGCGGAGCGCAGCCAAGAGGUUGAGGAAGGCGCACAGGCAAAGCUCGAGGAGGAAGCGGAGCGGCGAGGUAAGGACGAGGCGCUGAUGCGGCAGCUGCGCCAGGAACUGGAUCAGGAGCAGAGCUUGCGCCAAUCGGAGGGGAGGAAGCUGGUCGAGUUGGAGGCUGGAGCGAGUGAAGCUCAUGCCCUGCGCGAGGAAGUUGUCUCCGCUCAAAGCCAGGCGGAGGCACUGCGUGGUGAGGCGUCCCGAGCAGAGGAGGACGAGCGCAAGGGAGGCACGGGCGGCACAGGCGCGGGCUGCUGCAGCGUCUCGGGCCUUUGGCCGCUGAGCUGGUACCGGAGCCAAAAAGAUCGGCAGAGAGGCCUCGAUGCGCAGUCCCUGGAAGGCCGAUUGCUGGACCAGCAGCCGCGCUGGCUACGCAUCUCCUCUCCGUGUCACAGUGCGGUGCACUGGGCACAUCCAGGUCCAUCCUGGGAGAGCGUGCGCGCCGAUGACAAGAAGUGGGUGGACAUUGAGGAGCACAGCAGAAAUGCAGAUGAGGUCUCAUGGGCUGGCUACUGCACCUGCUGCAAGCGACCACUGUCGCUGACCUUGACCAGCCCCUCCCCUGCGGCAAAGCGGCGGCGGGAGGAGGCUCCAGCAAGCAGCGGCAAGUUCGCCUAUGUGGUGUGCAUUUGGGGCUUCAACCCUGAGUAUGUCCUUGGUGCCAUGGUCCUGGCUCAUUCCUUGAAGAGGACAGGCACCAAACAUGACAUGGUGCUGCUUCACACGAGCGACGUGCCCGUCAAGGCCAUCGGACUCCUAGAGCGCUGUGGCUGGAAGCCACGCGAGGUGGAGUACGUCGAGGCGGUUGGCGCGCUCUAUGGGAACCACUGCAGGGAGGGCCGCUUUGCAGAUGUGUUUACCAAACUCAGGGUCUUCGGCCUUUUCGAGUACGAGAAGGUACUUCUCAUGGAUGCCGACUUGCUUGUGUGCAGCAACAUCGACGAGCUCUUCGAGCUGCCGGCGCCUGCGGCCAUGGGCCGCGGCCCUUGGAGCGGGUAUCGCCAUGGCCAGCGCAUGAACGGGAGCUACUUCUUUGGCGGCACUCGCCCGGGCCCAUACGGCUGGAAUCAGUCGAGCGGCAUCAACGCCGGCGUAAUGCUCCUCCAGCCGUGCCCGGAAACACUCAGCGAGUGCCUGGCAGAGGUCGCUGAUGAGAGGCACCCGGAGCACAUCCAGGGCAACGGACCUGAGCAAGACUACUUGUCACGAUACUUUGCUGGUACCUGGCGCCACAUCAGCGUGGCAUACAACUUCCAGCUGCACCAGAUGUAUUACGUGCUGAGCCCCGAGUGCGUCACCUCGGCGGACCGUGCGGAGUUUCUGGGCUGCCCAGAGAAGGUGAAAGUCUUCCAUUACUCCAGUGAGCCGAAGCCUUGGGCUCGCCUGCUGGAUGCUUACUACGCGUCCUUCAGCGAGGAGGAGUGGCUUCUGGAGGUGCUAUCCAAGUUCAGCGGCUACCGUGCUUGGGUUAUGAAGGAUGCAGUGGCGGUAGAGCGGGAGGCGGACCGGUCUGGCAUCGUGGUGGGUGAGGACGGCAAACUGCACCACUCCAUUGGGUGGGAGAAGGUCGUCAAGGAGGCACCCAGCAAAGCGGAGGAGGCUGCCCCACCCAAUGGUGAGAAGGAAGAGGAGGUCUGGCGCCGGCGCUUGGGGGAGGAGAUCUUGGUGCCGGAAAGUGCCGUCGCUGGUGCCGAGAAGGUGGCGAGGAGGUCGCUGCAGCUGUGGGAAGAGGCAUACCACUCGCUGACGGCAGAGCUGGGUGACCCACAGCUGGUGCAGACACUCUUGCAGACACCCAAGAAGGAGUCGCAGAAGAGCAACGAGCAGUGGCGCUGGAGCUCUGGCUGGUGGGUGGCCGAAGGAACCAAGAAGCGACUGAGCUGCUCUUGCACUUGGCUUGAAGCAGGGCCCCAGGUCCUGCUGACCUGGGGCAGCGAGGUGCUGCUGAGCUCCAGUAGCGAGGGCCUGUUUGUGGCCACGCUGCUGCCAGGCGGCGCGGAAGUUGUGAGCUUUGCUGCCGAAGACGUAGAAAGGGCCAAGGCCUGGGCCUCGGACCUGGCAGAGGGCCUGCCGGUGGCACUGGCCCUGGCCGCUGCGGACACGGCCGAGGUGCCGGCCCUCAAGGCCUUGGCAGAGGCUGGCUUGGGCUGCCCCUCUGAGAUGCCCAGCGGCUGUCGGGUGGCCUGUGCUGCCGGAAAAUCGCGGCAGACAUGGCAAGACACCAAUGCUGGAUGGGACUAUGCCUCCGCAUCUAUGAAGUGA